AUGAAUGGGGAAAAUGCAGGCCAGAAGACCACCUCUAUAGGCUCUACUCGGCUGAGCAAAGCUCCUUAUGGCGACAUACAACAAGCGAUGGAUGGAAUCGUUGGAACAGUAUCUUUUUUGAAAGGAUGCCUAGAGAGACUGCUGCAGGAGAUAGAGCAAAUCAACUAUGACAUGCAGCUGACUACUGCUAUAUGCACGCGGUAUGCAAUAGAUCCGAAGACAGCUCUAUCGUGUUUGCAACAAAAGGCUUAUACGCGCGAGCAGGCUUUGCUGAAGAUUGCUGCGCAUCUAAGACUGUAUAGCUUUUUUCAGAGUGAAACUCGACAGCUCUUGGCAGACAUCAGUGCGAACAAGGAACUCGCAGCCGUGCUACCGCACCAGUACGACCUUGAGGGUCCGGCUGUCAAUCCUAAGUAA